UCUCACUCAGAUGUAAUAAUCACUUGUUGAAAAUGUCCGUCCUGAAUAAUAAUUUUCAUUAAUCGAUUAUCAUAAAACCUGCAUUUGAUUUAUUAAUUAAUAAAUACACAUCUGGAGGAAAUAUGGAAGCUUUAGGAGCAAACAUCUCAUCAACAUGUCCAAUGCCGUUUGCUGGUAUAACUGGUGAUCUGUUCCUUAAAGCAGUCACAGCAGUAGUUGCGGCCCAUUGCAGUAUCUUAGAUGACUAUACUUGGCCUCAGGAUAAUGCUGAAAAAGUAAUUGAAAUGGGAUCAAGUACAUCGUAUGACUUCAUUAUAGUCGGAGCGGGAACUGCUGGAUCAUUACUUGCCAGCCGUUUAUCUUAUAUCUAUCCUUCAUGGUCGAUUCUUUUAAUAGAGGCGGGUGACGAUCCUGGUAUUGAUAGCGAGAUUCCAGCAUUUUUGUUUCUAAAUCAAAAUUCAAAUAACGACUGGUUUUACAAAACGCAACCAGAUGGACAGAGUUGUUUGGGUUUUAGAAACACCAGUUGUAUAUGGAGUAAAGGUAAAGGUAUGGGUGGUUCAAGUUCAAUAAAUGCCAUGAUUUAUCUCAGGGGUCACCCUGAAGAUUUUUCGUACUGGGCUAAUAUAGGAAAUUAUGGUUGGGCUAACGAUGAUUUGGUAAAAUACUUUGAAGAACAAGAAGAAUUUUUCAAUAUAACUGACAGUGCAUUCCCUGGAUAUGAAAACCAAUGGUAUGAUAUUCUUGAUAGUGCAUGGAAAGAACUAGGCUUUCAAGCUCAUAAUUAUAUCAAUCAUGAAACGGUUAUUGGAACCAAAAGAGCACGCAUACUUACGCAAAACGGAAAACGUAUGAACACAGCUAAAACAUAUUUUAAAAAUGCUUGCAAUUUAAUCGUUAUGAAGAACACUAUAGUAGAAAAAGUGAUUAUUAAUAAGAAAACUAAUCAGGCCCUCGGUGUACAAAUACAACACAAAAGCGGGAUAAAAAUGGAAAUCAGUGCUAAACGAGAAGUAUUGCUAGCAGCAGGCUCAAUUGCGACACCACAGUUGCUUAUGUUAUCUGGUAUAGGACCGAAAAAUCACCUUGAAGCAAUGAACAUUAAUUGUAUAGUAAACCUUCCAGUGGGAAAGAACUUACAAGACCAUUUGUUUUUUCCGUUGUUUUUUAAAACAAAAAUCAAUCAACAACUACCAAGUGACCUUAUAAAUAUACUACUUUUACAGUAUAUGCUAACUAGAACCGGACCUUUUUCCAAUAUUGGGCUUACUGACUAUAUGAGCUUUAUCAGCACCCAUAAUAAUUCGGAGUACCCCGACAUACAAUUCCAUUACACAUACUUUACAAAAAAUGACAAUUUUGUAUUACAACCUUACCUCGAGGGCGUUGGAUACAACACUGAAGUCAUAAAAUCAAUCGAAGCAUUGAAUCACGAACAUGAUUUGCUGGGUGUUUAUCCUACAUUAUUACAUCCUAAAUCCAGAGGUGAGAUCUUAAUUGAAAAAUCGGACUUAUCCAAACCUAUUAUAAAAGCCAACUAUCUCCAGCAUCCUGACGAUUUAAAUUCUCUUUUAAAAGCUAUUAAUUUUGUUCAUAAUCUUGAGAAAACUGACACUUUUAAGGCACUUGGUAUUGAAUUAUUGAAUGUUAAAAUACACAGUUGUAACAAGUAUUCCUUCAAUACUGACGCAUAUUGGGAGUGUUACAUAAGACAUAUGGCUACAACAAUAUACCAUCCAGUUGGAACAGCAAAAAUGGGGCCUGAACAUGAUGAUACUUCAGUAGUGGGCAGCAAUUUGAUUGUUCAUAAUACUAGAAAUCUAAGGAUAGUGGACGCAAGUAUUAUGCCUGUUAUACCGAGAGCUAAUACUAUGGCUGCAACAUUGGCAAUAGCUCAAAAGGCUGUUGAUAUAAUUAGGGAGCAAUACUCAAGCAAAGAUGAAUUGUAAACAUUGUAAUCUUAUUGUGUUCUUGUAUAACGUUUCUGUAUUGAUGAAAUAUUAUUAAACAUUCGGAAAACAAGAUCAAAAACUUCAAAAGUUUAACUUUUGGUUACAAGUAACAUUGCUCGUAAAAAUUCCUUUUUAGUACCUACUUAUUUAUUACUACAAAAUUUAGUUUAGAGUUACGAGUAUAACGCAAUGUUAUAAAUUUUAAUAUUAUAGUAUAAGAACCACGUACUCUUAAGACGUAAAAUUACUAGUAAUUAUGGGGACAUCCAUUGACCGCAAAUCCAAACCGCGCGAUCGCAUCAGGUUUGAAAAGUUCUUUUUAUUUAUCAAAAACUACGCAUCCUAAUAACAUCUAAAUAUUUUUUAUACAAGUAAAGUACAAGUUAAAUGGUAAUAAAAUGACUUUACUUUUAGUAAGGAAUAAUAUUGUAUGCCUAAUAGAAAC